AAACGAUUUGACUGGUGACCUUCCUGUUGAAGUAGGAAAUAUGAAAAAUCUAGAUGAACUCUAUGUUUCUCAAAAUAGGUUAUCCGGUUUGCUUCCAAAAACCCUUGUUAGCUGUGUAAGUCUAGAGAAACUGUAUUUGGAUGGAAAUCUUUUUGAAGGACCCAUUCCUUCAUCUUUGAGUUCACUUAGAGGACUUGAGGCAUUAGACGUAUCCAACAAUAAUCUUUCAGGUGAGAUUCCAGAAUUUCUUGUCAGAUUUGGGGCUUUAAGGUACUUAAAUCUCUCUUUCAAUAAUUUUGAAGGAGUGAUACCAAGUGGAGGAAUCUUUAAGAAUGCCAGUGCAACAUUUGUUGAAGGAAACAGUAAGCUCUGUGGAGGCAUCCCCGAAUUACACAUGUUAAGAUGUAACUUGAAAACAUCAUCAAGCAAUUCUCUGAGAUUAAAAGUUGCAAUUAUUGUUGUGACUUUAGGAGUGACUCUGGCUUUUACUUGUCUCCUCAUCUUGUGGUUUAGAAAGAAGAAAGAGAAACAGGCAACAACAACUGGCGUAGAAAUUUCGGUUUUACAACUAUCAUACCAAAGCAUCGUAGGGGCUACGGAUGGAUUCUCCACGCAGAAUUUGGUUGGUUCAGGAAGCUUUGGUUCUGUAUACAAAGGAGUUCUUGAAGCUAGUGGAGCAGUUAUUGCAGUAAAGGUGCUUAAUCUUCUGAAUCGUGGAGCUUCUAGGAGUUUCCUGGCUGAAUGCGAGGCCUUGAAGAACAUUCGACAUCGAAAUCUUGUCAAGGUACUAACAGCUAUUUCAGGAGUCGAUUAUCAAGGCAAUGAUUUUAAAGCCUUGGUUUAUGAGUUCAUGGAAAAUGGAAGCUUGGAAGACUGGUUGCAUCCACUUAUUGGCAUGAAUGAACCAGAGACGGCGAGAAACCUAAACUUCUUCCAAAGAGUAAGUAUGGCUAUAGAUGUUGCUUAUGCACUCGAAUAUCUGCACCAUCAUUGUGAAGAAGCAAUCAUUCAUUGUGACCUCAAGCCAAGCAAUAUUCUACUUGAUGAGGAAAUGGUUGGUCAUAUAAGUGACUUCGGCUUAGCAAAAAUCCUUUCUACGGACAGACUGAACUAUUCUGCUAAUAAAUCAAGCUCCCUUGGACUAAGAGGAACUAUUGGUUAUGCUGCACCAGAAUAUGGCAUGGGAAACGAGUUGUCAACGAAAGGUGAUGUAUAUAGCUUUGGCAUUCUUUUGCUAGAGAUGUUUACGGGAAAAAGGCCAACCGAUGAAGGGUUCAAAGAAGGUUUAAGUCUUCACAAUUUUGUCAAGGAAGCUUUGCCCGAACGAGUGACUGACAUUAUAGAUCCCAUUCUUCUUCAAGAAAGAAUCGAACGAGAAUCUCUCAAUGAAAAUAGCCUAGGGAGUGAUAGAGAUCUUCGAUGCUGGAAUUCAAUAUUUGAAAUCGGACUGACUUGUUCUUCAAAAUCACCGCAUGAGCGUAUUGACAUGAGUGAUGUUGUUACCAAGCUUUGUAAAAUUAGAGACAAGCUUCAUCCAACUUGAUUACGAUUUGAUAUUGGAACUUAAAUAUAUUGCUCAAUCACCAGGUGAUAUUAUUUUCUUA